AUGGCUAGCGGUCAAGGAAACUCUUCAUUUUGUCUUCUUUUCCGGCUCAUACCUGAUAAUAACACAUUUAAAAGAGGUUUGCCACAUGAGCCUAGCCGUGAUGCCGGAUUUAAAAUUGGACUCGACUAUUCGCGGAUGGGGAGCACGACGCUGGCUUCAGUUGGACGCGAUGUCAACUGCGAUAUCGUGAUCAGUGACCCCGUCAUCUCAAGGGUACAGUGCUCCUUUGAAAUAAAUCCAGCCAACGGCCUCAUAUUUCUGGUCGACAGGUCUCGGUUCGGUACUACUGGUGUCAGUGGCAAAAAGAGCAGUGGGUUCCCUCGCACUGCCCAAAGAGAAGUCGUUAUACUCCCCGGCUUCAAUGACAAACUAUACUUCUGUAGCAAACAGGGAUAUAGAUUCCUGAUUGAUUGGAAGUUGCAGCCCUCUGAAGUUGUAAAGCAUGUCAAAGCCUUUGUCAAUAAUCUUGCGCCCGGGCCUCCUCGCCGCGCCCUCACCUUGGACCUGGGUGACGAGUAUCGGACAAACAGGAUCGGGGCAGAUGAUGCAUUGACAGCGGUGCAGUCGAGAGCAAUGUCCAGGCUUUACACCCCGGGUGCCGAGCCUCAGGAAAUGGCAUGGGCAACAAUUGAAACCAUUCAAGAAAACCUACAUGGAAGCGUCUCACGCUCUGCUAAUGCCUUCACUGGUGGCCUGAUUGCUGUCAAAACAAUCAAACGAGGAGCACUUGGGGGAAGCAGAAACUCUUUGCAACAGCUUGAGAAAACAGUGAAGUCCCUGCGGGACAUAUCACAUGAUCACAUCGUAGGUAUUAUCGCAUCGACCGGUUGGUGUGAUGAUACCCUGGAGAUUGCCAUGGAACUUAAAGAUGGCAACCUCCAGUCACUUGUUAAUUCAUGGAACGACAGACAGUUGCAUCCCUCCGCCAUUGAUGCCUUAGGUCUGAGGGCUAUGCACCACUCUCUUCUUGGUUUGGAAUGGCUACACCAUCACCAUUUCAUCCAUGGCUCCGUUGCGCCUCAUAACAUCCUAUUCACCCAAAGGGGUGACAACCCCGACUCCAUCCACAGCUUCCACUUCGUACUUGCAGACUUUGGCCUUAGCACCGUCGAUCCGAAGAACGAGUAUAACCAAAUCUUCAUUGCCCCAGAGCGCCAUUACCCCGAUAGAAGAUCUAGCAGGAAGUCUGACAUUUGGUCUCUUUACGUCACGAUGCUAAUGGUUCUGCAAGUUGACGAUGACUUCACUUUCAACAUCAGAAGCUAUGACAUGUACAUGGACCAACAUUUUGACGCUGUCGUCCAGACUGCGAGGAGCACCACGGGGAGUCUGCAGAACCUCCACGUCAUGGCAAGACAGAACCCAGAGGAGCGAUGGUCUGCAAAGGAAGUUCUCGAACACUUCUUCAAACAGGGCUACUUCGUCGAUCGCCCCUUGCCACCCCCAGACCUGCUUCCUCGUGACAGGAGGCAGUACGGCCCGAGUUCCUACAGGGCCCCGAGAGGGAACCUCGUAAGACAGUCAACGAUGGAAAAGCUGAAGCAGACUGGGGACAAUAUUCUGCGGCGCAUCACAGGUGACAUCUCUGAUGCCGUUGGGAGAAGGGGGAUGACUUUCAGAGGGCAUGAUUAA